UAAUCGACUUGGAAAAGAGUUCCAGACUCCUGUUGACAUGUGUGAACCCCGGCUUCCCGCCCUGUUGUCUUUCUGUGAUUGACCCCAGUGACCGACUUGGGAGUCGGUGGUGUGAAGUUCUGGGUACAUACUGUUUCCGGCUAACCUCCACGGGCCAUUCUGGAAGACCUUGAACCCUCUUCUGGAAAGGGGCGCCUAUCAUUGCUUUAUGGGGCAGCAGCCUGGAAAAGUUCUUGGGGACCAAAGAAGGCCUAGUCUGCCCGCCCUGCAUUUCAUCAAAGGGGCAGGGAAGAGAGAGCCCUCCAGGCAUGGCGGUCCACACUGCAAUGUUUUCGUGGAACAUGAGGCGCUGCAGAGGCCAGUGGGAUCUGACUUUGAGCCCCAGGGCCUCAGCGAAGCAGCUCGAUGGAACUCCAAGGAAAACCUUCUUGCUGGGCCCAGUGAAAAUGACCCCAACCUUUUUGUGGCGCUGUACGAUUUUGUGGCCAGUGGAGAUAACACCCUCAGCAUCACUAAAGGUGAAAAGCUCCGUGUCUUAGGUUAUAAUCACAAUGGGGAGUGGUGUGAGGCCCAAACGAAAAAUGGCCAAGGAUGGGUCCCAAGCAACUACAUCACCCCUGUCAACAGCCUGGAGAAACAUUCCUGGUAUCACGGGCCUGUAUCCCGAAAUGCCGCUGAGUAUCUGCUGAGCAGCGGGAUCAACGGCAGCUUCUUGGUGCGCGAGAGUGAGAGUAGUCCUGGCCAGAGGUCCAUCUCGCUGCGAUAUGAAGGGAGGGUGUACCACUACAGGAUCAACACUGCCUCUGAUGGCAAGCUGUACGUCUCCUCGGAGAGCCGCUUCAACACUCUGGCUGAGUUAGUUCACCACCAUUCCACCGUGGCUGAUGGGCUCAUCACCACGCUCCACUACCCUGCUCCCAAGCGCAACAAGCCCACCAUCUACGGCGUGUCCCCCAACUAUGACAAGUGGGAAAUGGAGCGCACGGACAUCACCAUGAAGCACAAGUUGGGUGGAGGCCAGUACGGGGAAGUGUACGAGGGUGUGUGGAAGAAGUACAGCCUGACGGUGGCCGUGAAGACCUUGAAGGAGGACACCAUGGAGGUGGAGGAGUUCCUGAAGGAGGCUGCAGUGAUGAAGGAGAUCAAGCAUCCUAACCUGGUGCAGCUGCUAGGGGUGUGUACCCGGGAGCCCCCGUUCUACAUCAUCACUGAGUUCAUGACCUAUGGGAACCUGCUGGACUACCUGAGAGAGUGUAACCGGCAAGAGGUGAGCGCCGUGGCGCUGCUCUACAUGGCCACGCAGAUCUCCUCGGCUAUGGAGUACCUGGAGAAGAAGAACUUCAUCCACAGAGACCUUGCUGCCCGGAACUGCCUGGUAGGGGAAAACCACCUGGUGAAGGUGGCUGAUUUUGGCCUGAGCAGGUUGAUGACAGGGGAUACCUACACAGCCCAUGCUGGAGCCAAAUUCCCCAUCAAGUGGACUGCGCCCGAGAGCCUGGCCUACAACAAGUUCUCCAUCAAGUCGGACGUCUGGGCGUUUGGAGUGCUGCUCUGGGAAAUUGCUACCUAUGGCAUGUCACCUUACCCGGGGAUUGACCUGUCUCAGGUUUACGAGCUGCUGGAAAAAGACUACCGCAUGGAGCGCCCAGAAGGCUGCCCAGAGAAGGUCUACGAACUCAUGCGCGCAUGUUGGCAGUGGAAUCCCUCGGACCGGCCCUCGUUUGCUGAGAUCCACCAGGCCUUUGAAACCAUGUUCCAGGAGUCCAGUAUCUCAGAUGAGGUGGAGAAGGAGCUGGGGAAACGGGGCAUGAGAGGAGCUGCUGGCAGCAUGCUUCAGGCCCCAGAGCUGCCCACCAAGACCAGGACGUGCAGGAGAGCAGCUGAGCAGAAAGAUGCCCCUGACACGCCCGAGCUGCUCCACAUGAAGGGCCUGGGAGAAAGCGAUGCGCUGGACAGUGAGCCUGCUGUGUCACCUCUGCUUCCUCGGAAAGAGCGUGGGCCCCCAGACGGCAGCCUAAAUGAAGACGAGCGCCUUCUCCCCAAAGACAAAAAGACCAACUUGUUCAGUGCCUUGAUUAAGAAGAAGAAGAAAAUGGCACCCACGCCCCCAAAGCGCAGCAGCUCCUUCCGAGAGAUGGAUGGCCAGCCAGAACGCAGAGGGCCUAGUGAGGACGAUGGCCGGGAAAUUAGCAAUGGGCCACCAGCUCUCACCCCAUCAGAUGCAGCAGAGCCCACAAAGUCCCCAAAGGCCAGCAAUGGGGCUGGUGUCCCCAAUGGAGCCUUCCGGGAGCCAGGCAGCUCGGGCUUCCGUUCUCCCCACCUGUGGAAAAAGUCCAGCACACUGACCAGCAGCCGCCUGGCCGCCGCCGAAGAGGAAAGUGGCAUCAGCUCCAGCAAGCGCUUCCUGCGCUCUUGCUCAGCCUCCUGCAUGCCUCAUGGGGCUAAGGAUACAGAGUGGCGAUCGGUCACGUUGCCUAGGGACCUGCCAUCUGCCGGCAAGCAGUUUGAUUCGUCCACCUUUGGAGGGCACAAAAGCGAAAAGCCAGCUCUGCCUCGGAAACGUGCCAGUGAGACCAGGUCUGAGCAGGUGGCCAGGGGCACAGUGACUCCCCCUCCCCGGGUGGUGAAGAAGACAGAGGAGGCUGCUGAUGAAGUCUUCAAAGACAUGGAAUCCAGCCCAGGCUCCAGCCCUCCCAGCUUGACUCCCAAACUCCUCCGUAGGCAGGUCACUGCCUCUCCUUCCUCUGGCCUCUCUCACAAGGAAGAGGCCACCAAGGGCAAUGCCUCUGGGACAGGGACUCCUAUCACUGCCGAGCCGACACCCGCCAGCAGCAGAGUAGGCUUUAACAAGGCCUCCUCUGAGGAGACCCGAGUAAGGAGGCACAAGCACAGCUCAGAGUCCCCCGGGAGAGACAAGGGGCGCCUGUCCAAGCUCAAGCCUGCCCCUCCACCCCCGCCUGCCUCCACAGGGAAAGCAGGAAAGCCUGCACAGAGCCCCAGCCAGGAAGUGGCUGGGGAGGCAGGCGGGGCCACGAAGACAAAAUGCCCAAGUCUGGCUGGGGAUGCUGUCAACAGCGACCCCACCAAGGCCGGCCAGCCUGGAGAAGGACUAAGAAAGCCUGCGCCACCAUCAGUGCCAAAGCCUCAGGCGGCUGCUAAGCCUCCGGGGACCCCCAGCAGCCCCGUCUCCACACCCGCCACAGCACCAGCACCUUUAGCCCUGGCUGGGGACCAGCAGCCAUCUUCUGCCGCCUUCAUCCCGCUCAUUUCAACCCGUGUGUCUCUUCGAAAGACCCGCCAGCCGCCGGAGCGCAUCGCCAGUGGCACCGUCACCAAGGGUGUGGUUCUGGACAGUACUGAGGCCCUGUGCCUGGCCAUCUCCCGGAACUCAGAGCAGAUGGCCAGCCACAGUGCUGUGCUGGAGGCUGGCAAGAACCUGUACACGUUCUGCGUGAGCUACGUGGACUCCAUCCAGCAGAUGAGGAACAAGUUUGCCUUCCGUGAGGCCAUCAACAAGCUGGAGAGCAACCUCCGAGAGCUGCAGAUCUGCCCUGCAACAGCCUCCAGUGGGCCGGCUGCCACACAGGACUUCAGCAAGCUGCUUAGCUCUGUGAAGGAGAUCAGCGACAUUGUGCGGAGGUAGCAGCAGCCAGUGCAUGUCAGCGGGAGAUGCUGCCGUCCAAGGGUUUUUGUGCCUACAAGGAUGGGGACAGAGGACAGGGAGCUGGCAUCUUGACCCAGGAGCUUUAGCAUCAGGCAGAGCCAGGGCCUAAAGGAGUCAGCCCUUCCACCUGUGCUGUGCACCAGCUGUCCUGCACCUCCGGCCCAGCCCAGGUGCCCAAGCCGCCUCUCCUCACUGCCUCUGUAU